AAAUUUUGGAGCUGGUAACGACUGAGGUGGCAGAUGUAUCCAUCAUUUAUCCACCACGAUCAUUUCUUCGUCUGCUCAACCUAACACACGACUCUCUUCACCUCCCCAUCAGCCCGAUCAAAGUAUACUGUAUCUGGGACCGGCGGUUUUGAGAUGUGGAGCGACGGCGGCGACGGCAGAGUGUUCUGGGCCGAGAGGGAGAAUUUCGCUGAAGAUAAAGUGAAAGGGAUCGUGGUUCUAUUCGCCUGGAUUUCGGUACAAGAAGCUCACUUGAAGAACUACAUCAAUCUCUAUUCUUCUCUUGGAUGGAACUCUCUCGUCUGUUUCGCGGAUUUUGUCAAUACGGUUGAACGUGUUGGUUUUAUAUAUCUUAGGUGGAUUAUUUGUUCCAAUGGUUUCAUUAGUGGCCAACAGACUUCUGCAAUGGUUGAAAUGCUGAAUUUUCAAUGGCUUGAAGCAGCAAGAAGUGCCGGUUUAGGAGGAAAGGAAACAUAGGAGUUCGUUAACUUUAUUUCUGCAAUUUCAGCAUUUAAGGAAGACAUAUUGCUACAUAUGGGUGUGCUGUUAGGCGUUUGAUGUGUAACCUGUGAUCUAGAGAUCUCUGUUGUUUAUUUGGAUAUAUUCCUGAGAGGGCCACGUCACUUGCUCUUUCUCUGGUUUGUGAACUUGUUGAGGAGAUAAAGUGCAGACCAUAUCCAGUAGUGCUUGUGUCUAUUUCUGGUGGAUCAAAAGCCUGCAUGUAUAAAUUUGUUCAGAUCAUUGAAGGGGAAUAUGAAGCACUGCUCAAUUUGCUGAUUUCGGGGCCUGCUUUGCUCUACCGUCUACCCUUCUCAAAGUGCCUGGUUCUGCAAAGCUUGUGUCUUUGGUAGCAAGAGGUUUUACCUCGGGACUAGAUGCUUUGUUCCUGACUAGAUUUGGUCCCCAGAAUGCUGAAUAUUGGGAAUCUCUCUAUUCCACUAUAAGAUUUGAGGCCCCAUUCCUCAUUUUGUGCUCUGAAAAUGAUGAACUUGCUCCAUUUCAAACGGUGUCUAAGUUCGCUCAGCGGUUGCGAGAUAUUGGGGGAUCAGUUAGAAUUGUGAAGUGGAAGAGCUCACCUCAUGUUGGUCAUUUGGAGAACGAUCCGAUCCAGUACAGAGCUGCUGUAACGGAAUUGCUUGCACUUGCAUCCCUGGUGUUCACCAACAAAGUCAAGAAACUGGGUGAUCAAAAGGACUUGGAAGGUAUACAUGGCGAUAUAUCUGAUUUGGUAUGUAACCUCCAAAGUGCAGCAGUUGACUCGAACAGAAGUCUUAAAAGGGUUGAACUUGGUCCAAACGCACAUUUAUUCUUACCGACUUCAGAAGAGAAUCAGAACAGUGGGGAGGACUAUGGUGAGAAAAAGGACAAAUUGCCACAUAAUAGGCCGACCACGAGUAUUAUUAAUGCCACCCAUAGUGUUCUUGGCCAAAUCCUCUUUGAUGCAUGUGUCCCAAAGAAUGUUGAAGGUUGGGAUAUAAAAUUCUCUAGUUUUCCAGAAGCCCAUCCGUUUACUUCGUAUAAUAAAAAACACUCUCUACAAAAUACAGCCAAGAAGCGCCUUUUCCGAUCACGGAUGUGAAUGGCUUAUCUCAAGAGAUUAAUUUUUAACUAAAUAUCACCCAACAAAGCAGACCUCGAAUGAAACUAGAGGUUGUGAGAGGUGGUUUUGACAGGGACUACAAGGAAUUUGAGAACAAUUUGUACUCCGUAUAAAGAAAAAAAAAAGGAGAGAGCUGCGUCUUCAUAGCUUCUUCUGUGAUUCUGUUAGCACUCAAAGGUGAAACAGUACUCACUGCAUGUUGACUGGUAAAUAUGUGAGCAGUGAAGGAGUAAUGGCCUAUAUUGUAGGCUUAAAGCGAGUCUGGAGAUCAACAAACAAGAUGAUGUACUUUGUAACAGGUGUAGUCACAUCAAUGAUGAAAAUAUUUGGUCACUCAUUAAAAUGUAGUCCUCUUUUUGUUUCUGCAAAUGUCAUCCUUUUAAUGUGUAGAGAUUAUUACAUUAUUUAACGGUAGAAGUUAAAAGACAUCUUUUAAAUGUAUACUGCCUCCACAGCUGGUAUUCUAACACUUGGUAGAAUUUCAUCAAUUAUGCACUUCUUUGGAGUGUUGGUUAAUCUUUUGGUUGU